AAAGAACAGCGAGAACAGCUAGGAUUGUCAGUUGCCCGCAUCGUCGCAGUUGGUUAGUUACCAGCAGCCGUCGGGAUGCGGGAGGCAUGGAAACUCAGUUUCUGGAAUCGGGGAAAAAUUAAGCUUUUCCGAUACUAACAAUAUGAAGACCGCAAUUUACAAAACAGGGACCAUCUCCUCCUAGACUAAACAAAGAAAGGUAAGGGUGUCGGGAUGGGGGAACGGGCCACUGUCACCCCCUCUGGGGGCAUCACUCCAGUGCAGCAGAUGCUGGCCUCUGGGACUGGAGCCCUCCUCACAUCCCUGUUUGUCACACCACUGGACGUAGUGAAGAUAAGACUGCAAGCCCAGAGAUCACCAUUCUAUCGAGCUUUGGCUGUUGACUCUGUGCCCUGGAGCAAUGUUAUACGUCCAUCUAAGUGGAAAUGCUUCCUGUACUGUAAUGGGCUAAUGGACCACCUCUAUGUUUGCCAAAAUGGCGCAAGCUGCACCAGCUGGUACAGGACCCCCACACAUUUCAGCGGAACUCUAGACGCGUUUGUGAAGAUCACGCGCAACGAAGGAGUGAGGUCUCUGUGGAGUGGGCUGCCUCCAACGCUAGUGAUGGCGGUGCCAGCCACCGUGAUCUACUUCACGUGCUACGACCAGCUGAAGGACUUCCUGUGCUACGGGAUGGGCUACCAGGGGAGUCAGGUCCCCCUCGUGGCUGGGGGGCUCGCCAGAUUGGGCGCGGUCACGGUCAUCAGCCCCCUGGAGCUGGUGCGCACCAAGAUGCAGUCCCGCCAGCUGUCCUACGGCGAGCUGCGGGUUUGCAUCCGCUCCGCCGUGGCCCAGAACGGCUGGCUGUCCCUGUGGAGGGGCUGGGGACCCACCGUCCUGCGAGACGUGCCCUUCUCAGCCCUGUACUGGUUUAACUACGAGCUGGCGAAGGCCCAACUGUGCGCUGGCUACAGGGUUACCGAGGCUACCUUCAUGAUGAGUUUUUUUGCCGGCGCCAUCUCCGGGGCGGUAGCGGCGGUGAUGACCCUGCCCUUUGACGUGGUGAAGACACAGAGGCAGAUUCAGCUGGGGGAGAUGGAGACGCUGGGAGCCCCAGCUAAGAAGCCCUCAUCCACCUGGCACAUCAUGAGCAGGAUCCUGGCUGAUUCGGGCUAUAGGGGACUCUUUGCAGGCUUCUUGCCCAGAGUGGUCAAGGUGGCCCCGGCCUGCGCGGUCAUGAUCAGCACUUACGAGUUUGGGAAGGCCUUCUUCCAGAAGCUGAACCGGGAGCACGCCCUGCGGGCUCUGUGAGAGCGACCCCCCCCCCCACCCCACACGCAACUGCUGGGUGACUCUGGAGAACACACUCCCGACCAUCCAAACCGUUUAAAACGAGCACACUUUAAGAUGUCUGAAAGGGGCAUAACUCGUUAGCACUUAAUGGCCUUGUGACAUUCUACCAAAUGUGACACAAAGAAAAUAAUCAAUACAUUUUAAGAGAAUCCAUGGAAAGGUUCCGGAAGAUUCUUUCACCACAGCGUAUAAUUUAAUAUAAUAUUAAAUUAUAUAUCAAGCCACUAUUAUGUGUCCAUAGUCAGUGUAGCUUCUAGUCCCUUGUUAAGUUGUUGGGAUAUCUACCCAGAAGCACCCUGGACAGAGAUGCAGACAUCAAGUAAUUACAUUGUAAGGCUUACAAACCAGAGAUUAUAUUGUAAGUCUGUAAAUUCUCAUGUAGGGACACCAUCUGGCUCACCUCCUCUGUGUGGCCUUAGCCCCACUCAAAGCCUUCUGUGGCGUUUUAAACCGUUUGGAUUGUGUAGUUCUUUCCAUCUAAGUUUAAAGGGGGUAGUAACCGAAACAGCAAUGCUGGAAACAUUUGGAACUGAGAAACCUGAGACUUUCCCCUUGCUGCAAUAGUGGCGUGCCUUUUCCCCCCCGACUCUCAGCACAUUUUAUCAAGGAUUCACCGUCUCUGCUCAGAGACGCCACCUGCUGUCACGGUCUGGAAAUAGUUCUCAGGUGCGUCCCUGUCCUAGGUUGGAAGUUAAACUUGGCUGACACGAUACGGACACUUGGCAUACUGCGGCACAUAGCAACCAGACCUCACUGCACCCGGACAAGAGACCUCUGGCAGCGCCUACUGUGGGCUGAUAGCUCCUGCAGACAGCAUACAAUUCCACGCAUGAGAAAGACGCCCAACCAGCUGCAACUUAGUAAGCUUUGGCUCCCUGUUAGUCACGUCUGUCUUAUUUUGAGUUGGUUGUUAUUUUUUUACUUUGUAAGCGACUGUGUGAAUAUUGAGGUUAUGAAUUUGGCUCAACUGUACACUACCCAUCGCAGUUCAUUCUCGGAGAGCUUGGCGAUUGCGCUAAAGGGCAUUUGAGCUGUUCGGCUGGCAGAAUGGAGGAAGGACUGGCAUUUCCUCACCCAUUUGAACCGGACUCCUAUAGCCUGUUUGGGCAUUGGAAAGAGACUGUGUUUCCGAGGCCUUUGAAUGGAAACUCUGCGAGCUCCGUGGUUGAACUGUGACUCCCAGGUCGACCUGUGGUCUCCCUGCUGGCAUUCAAUAACCCACCCACUGUGAAACCACCUCCGAAACUCAAGAAGGCUUGUUGAAAGCUGAAGACAAAGCGUGGAUAAACCACUCGAUAGCUCGUCAGGCAAGAAUAUUUCCGUAGUAAGUUCAACAUGUAGCAGCAUUGACUUGUCGAUGGUGCCAGUUGUGCUCUACCUUUUGUUCCAGUAAGCACGAUAUGCAUGUUCUUUUCUGGUGACUGCAUCGUUCAAUGGGAUACGUACAUCAGUUCUGCUGUUCGAUCGACCUCUGUUCUAAUUUUAGAUGGGGAUAGGGCAUUGGGAUAAGGGAUCAAUUAAGGCAAACUGUGAUUUUUGAAGUCAUCUCGAACCUGCUUAUUCAGCCCAUUUCAGAUCACACUUGAGGAAGCUGUGAAGGGAUAUUUAAUAUCCAAUGUUCUCUCUCACCGGGUAGAGUGGAAACUGACAGUAAACCAUCGAUCAAUGCAACGGGCCAGACUGAUGUGAAACAUUUCCAGUGAUGUAACUUUUUUUAAAUGUUCUUUUACUGUUGGUCGUACUCGAAUGUAUGUGUUAAAUAGUAAUAAAGAUCUUAUUUGAUAA